AUGUCUACCACACGGCGCAAAACGCGUGUUGUCUGUAUAUCAGAUACGCACAAUCAGACGCCCAAGUUGCCGCCCGGCGACGUAUUGAUUCACGCAGGUGACCUGACGAACCAAGGAAGCUAUACCGAAUUGAAAAGAAAGGUUGAAUGGCUUGAGAAGCAAGAUUUUGAGGCGAAGAUUGUGAUCGCUGGAAACCACGACAUCACACUUGACAAACCGUUCUUUGAAGAAAACAAAGCAUCGUGGAAAUGGCCUGGCUUUCAAGAUACAGAGGCGUGUAGGAAGUUGUUGACGGAAUCUAAAUCGAUUACUUACCUUGAGAAUGAGUCUACGACGGUACGACUUCCAAGACGAGGAACGUGGUUUACUGUCUUUGGCAGUCCGUGUACGCCCAAGCAGCAACUGGCGGAUUGGGCUUUUCAAUACGAACCCAAUGAGGCAGAGAAAGUGUGGAACAGAAUUCCAAAUGGCGUGGAUAUAGUAGUUACUCAUACACCGCCAAUGGGGCAAUGCGACGGAGUAGGAGCAAGUAGGCAACAGAAAGAUGGAAGGUCAGGAUGCCCAGCCUUGUUAAGAAGAUUAGAGAUAGUCAGGCCGAUGCUGAACAUCUGUGGACACAUACACAAUGGACGAGGGGUGGAGACGGUACAAUGGAGAAGAAGAUCUUCCUCUCUACAGCUACAUGGACAACCCACAACUAUGGAUAGCGGUACCCUAGUUUCAAGCGUGCAGUUCUGGAACGACCCAGGAGCCUCGAGCAAGAAACUUUCUCUAGUCGAUUUGACGACGAUGCGGGCGAGAGCAGGGCGUGGUUCGGGCUGCGACCACACAAGCUUGACACGUCAAUUGCAGCCUGACUCGCGAUGCGACCAUCUUCAAGGCCAGCCUGAUGCGUCGUUUGCACCGGAUCAGACAGGGCAUAAGCCCCCAUCCGGUGGAGAUGCGAAGGGUGAGAAGCUUAACCCAACAGCGAGCCUCACUGACGUUGCCCUGCGGGACAGUGAGGCGCUGUGGGGUGGUAGUAGAGGUAAGGCAGGAGGGGGCGGUGGAUUAGAGCAUCACGAUGAGAGCGAUACCGGACAUGGGUGUCCUGACGAGGCUACUCAGUAUAUCGCAGAACGACCGAGGGGUAUGCCUCCAUCAGGGACGGAAGUGGCGCGUAGCCAGACUACAGUGAUCAACGCAGCGUAUCUGGGCCCGAGAGUUGCUGGCAAAACGUCGGUUGUGUACAACAAGCCGAUAGUCGUCGAUGUUGAGCUUCCCGUAUGGGGCUCUUUGGACGAGCCAAGUGAGGUAUACCCUCAGGGCUAAUGUGAGAUGACGGGUUGACUGCAGCGUGCCUGGCCCAAAUGAUCUCAUAUUCUACCAGCGAACGACACUCUAGAACCAACACCUACAUCAUUCUGCUUGCUGUUUAAUACAUACUGUGUGCU